AUGGCGAUAGAAAGAAACCCGAUACUUCGUAAAAUCGAUUGGGCCGAAGGUUCAAAGCCAUUGCCAAAUCUCCCUUAUGAAAUCAAUGUCGAAAUACUCUUGAGACUUCCCGUCAAGUCUCUGCUGCGAUUCAGACUCCUAGAGACUACGGAUUUCCAUCGCGAUUUCAAGUCAUGUUCUAUUCCAUCUAUCAUGCGGCAUGAGCAAUCUGAUACUGCUGCUAGCGUUGAUUGGCCUUUCGUGGAAUCUCCUAAUCGAUUUUGGAUUGAGGGUUCCUGCGACGGGUUGGUGUGCCUCCAUACUGGUAAGAAAAAAACCAUAUUCCUGUGGAACCCGUCUACGAAGAAGUAUAGGAAGCUGCCAAGUAUUACGAUACCGUAUGACUGGUCCCCGGGAUGUGGGUUAGGUUAUGACUCAUUUACUGAUGAUUACAAGGUGGUGUUAGUUCUUAAUGGUGGAUCUAAUAGGGACUAUCAUCUAAAUAAAGUGGCCGUGUAUACAUUAAGAGCUGAUUCUUGGAGGAGGAUAGCAGACUUUCCUCAUUCUAUUAUUAUGGCUGGUAAAGGGAAAUUUGUGAGUGGGGCCCUCCAUUGGACUGUGAGUGACGGGUCCAGUAAGUUGAUCGUCUCUCUUGAUUUGGCUAAAGAGACAUAUGGGGAGGUAUCGCAACCUGAUUAUAAUAGAGAUGGUGGUCUUCUUUCGACGAUGGAUGUUUUAAGUGGAUACCUCUGUAUGCUCUGCAAGUAUCCUAGAGCUCAUGUUGAUCUAUGGGUGAUGAAGGAAUAUGGAAAAACAGAGUCUUGGACCAAGUUGGUUGCGAUCCAUGAUGUUACACAUCCAUUGUACGGUGAGUAUUUCACACUUUGGUGCAUUUUGAACAAUGGUGACAUUUUAUUGGUUGUCAAGGAGAGUUUAGUUCGAUACAGUCCUAAUGAUGGAACUUUUAGUUAUCUGAAGAUCCACGGAUUUUUCCCGUAUUGUAAUGCUUAUCCUUAUAUUGAGAGCCUAGUUUCACCCUGA